UAAACCAAAUACUAGCCCUAAUGUUACAAACUAGGAAUAAUUUUGAAAAACUAGUCUGACAGUCCUAUUGCUGUGUACAGUUUACGAAUAAGCGAUAAUCUAUCUACUUUAUCACAGGCAAAACAAUACAUCUUUUUCCCCUACCCCUUUUUCCAUACUAAUUAUUCUAAAUAGGUUGAAAAUAUUUUCGCCCGUGGAAUACCCCUUUCUAAAGCCUGCCUGAUAUUCGCAUAUUAUAUUGUGACAAAGAGGCUUAGGGAUAGGAAGGUGCUUGGCAGGGGGAAUGGGCGAAAGUUCAAGAAGAUGGAACAAAGGCACACGGCACACGAGUCUCAUUGUCUCCAGCUGAAUGACACCAGCCACACCCCCUCACUGUUUCUCUCACUCCAUCUCACUCCUACCUGUUCACCAGUAGAAGAUUCGGGACUUCUGGAGUAUACGAGAACAUUCUUUGGGAGUUUGAUUGACAGGUAGUAAACAAGGAAACAUCUCUGGAAUAGUAUAGAAAGUUCGCAGUUAGCAUUAAAGAGGUACAACUUUGACAUGUGAGUCAGAGUCGAGUAUUGAGUUGACAGUGAACGAAUACGAGCGGCGAGUGAAGGGACAGUGAACGUGUAGUGCUUUUGAUCAAGUGAACUCUGCUUUUGUGGUAUUUGAGCUCGGUGAAGUUCAAAAGGGUCGCCGCCAACCUGUCUCCGCGACAACUAAGCUCCUCGCUAUUAUGAUCACAGGCGUCAGUAAAUCCCCUGGCAAAAUAUACCAUACAUGGCAAAAGUGUGUUCAUCUGUGGAAGUCAGUGUUUGUUAACCUCGUGAGUAAGAGUAAGGCUCAACUCACUCAGGUCGAGAAGAGACUGGACUCUAGUCGAAAGCAUGUGUUUCCAAAUGGUGACACUCAGACCAGUCGAUUCAGUCUCUGCGACUGUCUCCAUUUGAAAACACAUGCUCUCGACUAUAGUAGAGUGUCUUCUCGACCUGAGUCGCGUAUGUGUGAGUUGAGCAUAAGAGUAACGUUUGUACUGUUAGAGUAUAUGGAAAAUUCUAUCGAAAAUGUACCACAAGCACAGGAGGAAAACCUGCAGGAAGGAGAUGGCAUCAAUAACAUUCCUGUAGCACAGGAGGGAAAUCAGCAGGAAGGAGAUGGCAUCAAUAACAUUCCUGUAGCACAGGAUGGAAAUCAGCAGGAAGGAGAUGGCAUCAAUAACAUUCCUUUAGCACAGGAGGGGAAUCAGCAGGAAGGAGAUGGCAUCAAUAACAUUCCUGUAGCACAGGAGGGAAAUCAGCAGGAAGGAGAUGGCAUCAAUAACAUUCCUAUAGCACAGGAGGGAAAUCUGCCAGAACCAGAAGGUGCAGCUGCUAACAUAGGUCAAGGGGUCGUGUGGGUCGGCUCAAACGUGGUGGACCCGUUUGUGCCGCCCAUGGAGGGUGAGUUCAACCCGCCUGUUGACCAUGAAGCCCAACUUCUUGAACAAUUGGAGUAUGAAGCAGCGGUGCAGUUCUCCUCUAACCCGCACGGUGACGAACCAAACUGAUCAUGGUGACCCUGAUCAAUCAGAAUCCGAAGAUGUAGCUAUUUUCAAUAAUUUAUUGUUCUCAUUUCAAUUGUAAAGUGCUCUUAGCGAAUAAAAUAUGAUUGAUUAU